GCGGGGGCCGGGGGUGGUGGUGGGGCCGUAACGGGGGCCCAGGCUCUCGUGUGUCCGAAAUUGGGGACCCCGAGAACAGCGACGUGUCCCCGCGGGAUGGAGGAGCAGACACUGUCCAGGCCCCGGGGCUAUGGCCCCCCAGCCCAGGGAGCAGAGCAUUCGGGGGGCAGUGGGGCAGCUGGGGGGCUGCCCGGCUCCAGUACCCACUGUGACUCCACCACGAGCUGUGGGAAUAGGCCCACGGUGGUGGCAACAGUGACCAACGCGACCUUUGAGCCGGACCCACCACCCUACUCACCCCCCGACCCCAAGAGCCUUCACCUCUACCAACCCUUCCCGGCUGGAUUCUCCCAGCAAGUACCUGUUGUCUACCAGCCUGGACCAGGACCGGGACCAGGACCAGGACCCUUCCUACCCCAGGGUGUCCCACCUGCCUCCCUGCCCUACAGCACUUAUAACGUGCACCCAAGCACGGGCCCUUUGCCCACCGGCCGUGGGCAGCGCCUGCCCAAUGACUACAUGGUGGAGUCAGUGCUGGUGACUGUCUUCUGCUGCCUGCUGACUGGGCUCAUUGCUGCCAUCUACUCUCAUGAGACCCGGGCUGCGCUGGACCGUGGGGACAUAGCCCAAGCAAAUGUGGCAUCCAGAAAGGCCCGGUCACUGGUCCUCAUCAGUCUCUUCUUCGGGUUGUUCACCUCCAUCACUUGGGUCAUCUACGUCGUGUUGUCCCUGUACCUAUGACAGGGCCCUGAGCCCCCCAGGGACAUGGCGUGUGCUGGGGGCUCCAUGCCACAGGGACAGGUGGAGUGGCUUCAGGCCCUGUGUGGCAUUGCCCGAGCUGCCAGCAAAGGGUGAGCACAGAGCACAAGGUUCUUCAUGGAGGGGUGAGAAGCUGCUCUGGAGCUGUCUGUGGUUUCACUCACCUCUUUCAGCCCUGUGAAACAUGGGACAGAUGAACCCAGAGCAAAGCGGUGCUGGUGCCAUGUCCAGGCAAGGAGCGGUGGAAUCAUGUAUGGGAUCUGGGACUGGGCUCUGCUGCAGGAUGUUGGAUCCCAUUACUGUGGACUGUGACUUGGGACAUGUAAAAGGAAACUGCCACAGUGACAGUGGGCCUGGAGAUGGAGCAAACAGCCAAGGACCAGUGGAGAGACCAAGGUGUGUGGCUGCUCUGCUGGCAGCUGCUGCUCUGGGCAUGUGAGAAGCCCCCACCCCUAAUUCAAAAUAUCAGAGCCACGAAUUUAGCUCCUAUGGUAAUUGUGCACACAAAAAUACACACACAUGCUGUAUGGCCACCUUCUUACUGCUUCCAGAGUACAAUAAAAUACAGGUGUAGCCA